CUAAACGCCUUUUUGGUUACACCUUGAUGGUUGCAAUGUAGGUCUAUUUGUUUGCCAUUAGUCUCCACUCAGUGUAAUUAGGUGAAAGGUUCAAUGGAUCACAAUUGUUGAUUCACCAGUAUAGUAGCUUAUGUGUCAGCACGUAUGAGUGUGUCUUUGCCGAUGCCAUAGUUUAUACCUUUAGGCCGUUAUCUCCUUCAAAUUGAUCGACACCCACCUUAUAACCAAUGAGAAAUGGUCCACCUGCGUCACCAAGGUGUCUGACACGCAAAGAAGACCUGUUAUCUUCAGCGAUCAUAAACAAGCAUGGAUCUCGGAGUUUCCUGUAAACCAGGUGUGAUAGGCGGGAAGGUUCAUGCUACACUUGAUACCCCUUCAAGAUCGUUCCCUGCUCUCUCCCCAUUGGACCCUGCUGAGGACCAUAAAAAAGUCCCAAGGUCAGAAUAUCUUGAUGAGGAACAAAAACACUGAGCACACAGAGCCUGCCGCCCAGUCUGUCCCUCCUUCGAGACCGAGCGCUGGCCCUCCCUUCAAGUACAGGGACUUGAGAUGACUCACUUUGAGAUGAAGAGUAUUCUGAAAGGCAAGACGACGAAGCUGACCUCUCGGCUGAGGCUGGAGGAGUCCACCCAGAGUCACUCCAUUGGGGCGGUACGUUGGAACCUCCCUGAGGAGAACCUCCAGGCCCACUCCUCGGCCCCUAGCAGCCACUUCAAGAGCAGCGCCCCUUCCACACGCUCGCAGCAACACCCUCGUCAGAAUGGUUUGAAGGACCUGAGGAGCUUGCAGGAGUGUGUCAACUUCAUCAACCACUGGAAAGAGCAGGUGGCCCAGGUCUGCAAGGGGGAAAGUGAUCCAGAGGAGGGCAGUAGUCGAGGGGUGCCCCCCGCCGACCACCGUACCGAGCGCAGUCUGGAGGAGAGCAGGAAACUUAUCCUCCUGUGGGCCAGUGAGCUCAAUAACGUCGACAAGCUGUCGAAGGAGUGCUGUGAGGAGGAUAAGGAAACAGGGCGUGUCAAGGGGGAACAGGACCUCAACGAGGAGCUCCAGAGAAUCAUGGAGUGGGCCAAGGAGCUGCAGAGCGCCUCAGAGAGCUGCGGGGUGCAGAGCGAGGAGCUGGGUCAGGUCCUGCGUCUCCUGGGACUGAGGAAGAAGAGGCUGGUCAACCUGCUGCCUCUGCUUGAGUUCAUUACAUGGUCACUGCUGAAGGAGGACAGCAAGGAUAUGAUUCCACAGCUAUGGUUAUCAGCUAAGCAACAUACCUGGAAAGCUGGAGCACCAAGAUACAUACCUAAGUCAGUGUGGAGUUGGAUCAGCAGUGCCUCAGCUGACGUCACCCUUGACCCCUUGACCAACCACCCAUGGCUGCAGCUCUCAGAUGACCACCUAAAGGUCCAGGAGGGUCGGACCGAGUCAGCCCUGCCCUACAGCCCCCAGCGCUUCGACAGCUGGCCUGGCGUGCUGGGCUGGGAGGGAUACUGCAGCGGGCGCCACUACUGGGAAGUCGACAUUGCCAACAAUGGCUACUGGCGCAUCGGUCUGACCACCGGCGACUCCAAACGCCACGGCCGCUUUCCCAUGAACCCCCGGUCCGGGUACUGGUCGCUGUGGCGAAGCACGCGGCAGUUUUAUGCCUGCACCAACCCUGAGACGCUGCUGCCAAUCAGUCUAGUGCCACGCCGGAUGGGCAUCUAUCUAGAUUAUGGGGAAGGGCAAAUCUCCUUUUUCAACGCAGAGAAUAAGACGCACAUCUACACAUUCACGGGCACCUUCAGAGAGAAGCUGUACCCGCUGUUCGCGCCGCUGGACGGACGCACGCUCAUCACCAUUGUCUCACCACACGAAAUCUCAAAGUUUUAAAAUCACCAAAAAAUACUUUGUCCCAUGCUCAUUUCCAUGCCGGUCUCUGAUGGACCCUCUACCUUCAGGAGAAGAGCAAAUUAGGUAGAAUCAAAUAAAGAGGGGUUCAAGUUAGAUUUUUUUCAUUAAAAACAACAGUGCAUUGGCAUUAUUUGUGUCCUUCUAUGCCUAAGCUCUAAAUGCAAUGCAAUCUGACACUUUUUCAAAUUAAAACAACCAAGCAAAGAAUGAAAAAAAAACUACUGUUUUUACACAUAUCUUUAUGUAUUACUGUAUAUAUUAUCUAUUAUACUAUGUAUCUAUACAUAUCUAUUUAUGUGUUAAUCUGUUUAUCUAUGCACCGUACUCUGCACUUUCCCAAUAUGUAUAUGAACAUGUGUUGAUAUUUGAAAAUACACUUUGUAUGGAACAAAUUUCUCCCCCCAUUAAAUAUUGUUACAGUACAAGAAUUUCAGAGUUCAAAUCACACAUUUGUGAGGAUGGAAUCAGCACAUCAAAACCUUAAAAAUUGAUUUCUUGAAAAAACUUGUUUCAAAACCCUCUCCUUUCGUGCAUUAAAAUUUACUAAAAGAAAAAGAGACUAAAAUCUCUGUGUAUAUAUUUCCGCAUAGUUUAGCAUGUCACAAACCUUUAUUUCUAAUAUCACUAAUAUCACCUAAAAUGUAAUGAGAUGCA